CCGCCGUUGCCAGGGUGGGGGGCGCUUUGCGGCAUGGCGAUGGCUGAGGGCGAGCGGACUGAAUGUGCUGAGUCCCCCCGGGACGAGCCCCCGGCUGAUGGCUCUCUGAAGCGGGCAGAGGAGCUCAAGACGCAGGCCAACGACUACUUCAAAGCGAAGGACUACGAGAACGCAAUCAAGUUCUACAGCCAGGCCAUCGAGCUGAACCCCAGCAAUGCCAUCUACUAUGGCAAUCGCAGCCUGGCCUACCUGCGCACCGAGUGCUAUGGCUAUGCCCUGGGUGAUGCCACGCGGGCCAUCGAGAUUGACAAGAAGUACAUCAAGGGCUAUUACCGCCGGGCCGCCAGCAACAUGGCACUGGGCAAGUUCCGGGCUGCCCUACGUGACUAUGAGACGGUGGUGAAGGUGAAGCCCCAUGACAAGGAUGCCAAAAUGAAAUACCAGGAGUGCAACAAGAUCGUGAAGCAGAAAGCCUUUGAGCGGGCAAUUGCAGGCGAUGAGCACAAGCGCUCUGUCGUGGACUCACUGGACAUCGAGAGCAUGACCAUCGAGGAUGAAUACAGCGGGCCCAAGCUUGAGGACGGCAAAGUGACAGUCACUUUCAUGAAGGAGCUCAUGCAGUGGUACAAGGAACAGAAGAAACUGCACCGGAAGUGCGCCUACCAGAUUCUGGUACAGGUCAAAGAGGUCCUCUCCAAGCUUAGCACACUCGUGGAGACCACACUUAAGGAGGUGCGCACUAUGGGGCAGCGGUGGGGAACAGUCCAUCCCCCAUCCCCCACCCCUGCUGCGUUUUCCUUAGCAGGGCAGAUAUUUAAUGGUGACUUUGUGGACCGUGGCUCCUUCUCUGUAGAAGUGAUCCUCACCCUUUUCGGCUUUAAGCUCCUGUACCCGGAUCACUUUCACCUACUUCGAGGCAACCACGAGACAGACAACAUGAACCAGAUCUAUGGAUUUGAGGGCGAGGUGAAGGCCAAGUACACAGCCCAGAUGUACGAGCUCUUCAGCGAAGUGUUUGAGUGGCUCCCGUUGGCCCAGUGCAUCAAUGGCAAAGUGCUGAUCAUGCAUGGGGGCCUGUUUAGUGAAGACGGCGUCACCCUGGAUGAUAUCCGGAAGAUUGAACGGAACCGGCAACCCGCUGAUUCAGGUCCCAUGUGUGACCUCCUCUGGUCAGAUCCGCAGCCUCAGAACGGACGCUCAGUCAGCAAACGGGGAGUGAGCUGCCAGUUUGGGCCCGAUGUCACCAAGGCCUUCCUGGAGGAGAACCACCUGGACUACAUCAUCCGUAGCCACGAGGUCAAGGCUGAGGGCUAUGAGGUGGCACACAGUGGCCGCUGCGUCACCGUCUUUUCCGCCCCCAACUACUGCGAUCAGAUGGGGAACAAAGCCGCCUACAUCCACCUUCGGGGCUCCGACCUGCGGCCCCAGUUCCACCAGUUCACAGCAGUGCCUCACCCCAACGUCAAGCCCAUGGCCUAUGCCAACACGCUGCUGCAGCUGGGAAUGAUGUGAGGCAACGGCGGCCUGUGUCUUGGGGCCCCUCCACCCCCACCCGACCCCAGGCCCAGGCUGGGGGCAGAGCAGGCCCCGCCCCAGGGCAACGUUGGACCCCCUUUUACUUUGUAAAGUUUGUAUUUAUUCCCCUUUAGGUUCGCAGAGGGGGUGGGGGCAGAGUCAGGGGCCGGCCAGAGGGUCCACUUCCUGGAUAAAGAGGAAGGAGCUGGCGAAGCUGGGGUUGGGGGCACAGCCCGGGCAUUCUGGAGGGAGGCCAGCCUCGGGGCAGGAUGGGGCCAAGCGGCACCCUGCUCCCCUCGAUGUGUGGUUCCUCCCCCACUAAAGCAAUAGGGCCCUGCCAUAGGAAGACCCCCAGAGAGAGGGUCAUCAGGGAGGCCUCGCCUGCAUCCCCCUCCUGGUAGCCCCAGGGUGGGGCUAGGCUGGGGCCCACCCCCUUCCCCAGCUAUUUUAUGUCUGUAAUUAAAUAUGUUAAAAUAAAGUCAUUAUUGUAUGUCA